AUGCCCGCGGCCCUUUGCCCUCGCCGCCACCUCGCGCUCGGCCUGGAGGCCGCCGCUGCGCUCGGCCUGCUGGCCACCGCUGCUGCGGCAGCGCCGCACUUCGACUGCCGCCCGGGCGCGGUGGCGUUCGAGACCGUGCAUCUGCCAGGCCGCAACGUCGUGCUUCUCAGGCAGGGCCCCGGGUGCCCCGUGCUGGCGCCCGAGCCGCCCACGACGUCGGGCAGCCCCCAGGCUUCGGAGGACGCGGCCGAGGCCGCGCUCGUGGACGACGCCGCCGAGGACGCGGUGCUGUCGCCCGCCAGCGCGCUCCACGCCGGCAGUGCGCGCGCGCACACCGCCGGCCUGCGGCGGGCCCCCGUGCUCACGAGCGGCGCGGCCAUCGCUGGGGUCCUGGCGACGAUGGUUCUGCUGGCCGCGAUCUCUCGAGCGGUCUGGGACAGGAACGUGCGCCAGCCCAGGCUGCUCGCCCAGAAGGCGGCGGCGGACGAGGCCGAGCGGGCCCGCCUCGCCAGCGAGGAGGCGGAGCGCCGGGCCCGCGAGGAGGAGCUGGAGCAGGCGGCCCGCGCGGAGGCGGAGCGGAGGGCCCGCGAGGUUGCCCUGAAGGGGGCACGAGAGGAGGCGACAACACUGGCGCAGAGAGCUCUGCAGGAGCAGGAGGAGGCGGUCGAGGCGAGCCCCACGGGCAGGAGCAGCAGGCCCAGCAGGUCUCCGAGGGACCGGUGCCAGUAUGACGACAACAGGCACGCCUUCCAGCUGGCCCGCCAGGAGGAGGAGGAGCGCAGGUCGCAGCAGGAGAAGGACGACGUCCACAGAAAGGGGCAGGGCGCAGCGGAGGCGCCUCCCGAGAAGAAAGGCUGGUGCGCGCCCUGCGGCUGCUCCUCGGGCAAGGCCGCGGCGGAGCCCGGCCGCAGGGGGAUGCGGCUGGAACAUGCCGCCAGUCUGCACGCGGCGUGCGCGCUCGGAGUCAUGGUCGGCUGGGUUAGCUCAGUGGCCUUCUCGCCACAUGACGCCAACAUUCUUGCGAGUGGCAGUGGUGAUCGGAAGGUGUUCCUCUGGGACCUCACUGCUGGCACUGUCUACCAGCGCCUGGAGGGGCAUGCGGACUCGGUUAUGUCAGUGGCCUUCUCGCCACAUGACGCCAACAUUCUUGCGAGUGGCAGUGCAGAUUGGAAGGUGUUCCUCUGGGACCUCACUGCUGGCACUGUCCGCCAGCGCCUAGAGGGGCAUGCGGACUGGGUUAUGUCAGUGGCCUUCUCGCCACAUGACGCCAACAUUCUUGCGAGUGGCAGUGCAGAUUGGAAGGUGUUCCUCUGGGACCUCACUGCUGGCACUGUCCGCCAGCGCCUAGAGGGGCAUGCGGACUGGGUUAUGUCAGUGGCCUUCUCGCCACAUGACGCCAACAUUCUUGCGAGUGGCAGUGCAGAUUGGAAGGUGUUCCUCUGGGACCUCACUGCUGGCACUGUCCGCCAGCGCCUAGAGGGGCAUGCGGACUGGGUUAUGUCAGUGGCCUUCUCGCCACAUGACGCCAACAUUCUUGCGAGUGGCAGUGCAGAUUGGAAGGUGUUCCUCUGGGACCUCACUGCUGGCACUGUCCGCCAGCGCCUAGAGGGGCAUGCGGACUGGGUUAUGUCAGUGGCCUUCUCGCCACAUGACGCCAACAUUCUUGCGAGUGGCAGUGGUGAUCGGAAGGUGUUCCUCUGGGACCUCACUGCUGGCAUUCUCCGUCAGCGCCUGGAAGGCAGUAUUGUCGAUGUGACUGUCGGGCUUGCGCACACGGUCGAUGCUGAGCGCAUUGAGUUGCAUCCGACAGGCGAGGCGGACGAGGGCAGGGAGGAGAGCCAACCGCCCGAGCCUUGGGAGGCCGAGGACCUCCUGGGCGACCUGCCGCCGGGCCCGGCGCUGGACGGCGAGGCCGGCGCGUCCGAGGACCAGGACGACGCAGUGAUUGUUAAGAGGCGCAUGUCAGCACGCAAUGCGUUGCUGGACCAGGCGGGCAGCGCGGUGAAGGCGUUCCAGAUGCUCGACCUCAACAGCAGCAAGACGAUUAGCAGAACGGAGUUCACUGCUGGCAUGUGGCAGACCCUCGGCAAGGACGUGGUCAAGAGCUUCGUCGCCCUCGACAAGAACGAGGACGGGGUGCUCGACAUGGCCGAGCUCUUCCCCAGGGGGGCAUCCUGCCGUGCGGCCGUCAGCACCCCGGACUUCUGGGGGAAGUGGUGCAGGCAGAACGACAAGCUCAUCCGCCAGGGCGAGCGGCUGGCGAAGUGGCACGCGGAGGACCCCGACGAGGAGAUCACGCGGAUGCUGAAGAGGGUCGAGGAACAGGACCAGAGCGCCUCGGAGCGAAGGCGCAUGAAGAUGUGGAUCCGCCACCUCAAGGCCGAGGGCGCCAGCGACGCGAUGAUCCGCAGGCUCUGCGCCUCGCACCUCCCGAAGGCCCCGCGCCCUCCGCCGGUGAACGACGAGGCCUGUGAGAUCACAGGCGACGAGGACGUCGCCGACUCCCGUGCGGCGGGCCCGUGA